AUGAGGAAUGACAUGGGGCAACAGAUUUGCUACAACUUGAUAAAUGACAUGGGACCAUGCAUCUACGACAACGUCAAAAAUGACAUGGGACCACGCACCUACGAUAACAUGAGAAAUGACAUGGGAUCACACAUCUACGACAACAUGAGAAAUGUCAUGGGACCACGCAUCUACGACAUGAGAAAUGACAUGGGGCCACACAUCUACGACAACAUGAGAAAUGACAAUGGACCACACAUCGACGAUAACAUGAGAAAUGACAUGGGACCACGCAUCUACGAUAACAUGAGAAAUACCAUGGGACCACACGGCUACGAUAACAUGAGAAGUGACAUGGGACCACACAUCUACGGAAACAUCAGAAUUGCCAUGGUACCCCACAUCUGGGCGUGA